AAACUUAAUUUAAUGGGUUGAUGUCCCAUAGCCUACUGCGUCAGGUUUGUGUUACGGUCCGCCUUCCUCCUGCUGCCAGUCUGUGGAAGGGGAAGUGAUGUACAUCCGGUGUAAUGGCGGCGCGGUGGAGCUUUAGCGUCUUUGUUGCUGAAAGCCAGCACCAGCGGUGGUUGCUUCCUCCAUGGUGUGCAACGUGUUUCAGACGCGGAUCACCGGAGCCUCUCGAGCCGAAAGGCUCACCAGGGCCCUUUCCUAGUGCCUGGGUCCCGGGAUCAAGGGGGUGGGAUCAGUGAACUGUGGUUAAUGAACCUUGUGGAAGCUUCGCUCUUGCCUUUUUCCAACGGAAUAUCCCUGUGAUGUUUGCAGACAGAAAAAGUAAACUGUCCAGCAAUCCAAACUAUUGUGUACUUAUUACUUGGACCAACUUGAGGAACGAUUCUUUGAUCAGACUAGUUGGCAAUAGAAAAUGAAAAGCAGUGUGGCACAGAUAAAACAUUCUUCUGGUCAUGACAGAAGGGAAAACUAUAAUUCAUAUCAGAGGACCUCUUCUCCAGAAGACAGAUAUGCAGAACAAGAAAGGUCUCCUCGGGAUAGAGAUUACUUUGAUUAUAGCAGGUCAGACUAUGAGCAUUCAAGAAGAGGACAUUCUUAUGAUGGUGGCAUGGAAUCACGAAGCAGGGAUCGAGAAAAACGCAGAGAGAGAGAAAGAGAUAUGGAUCGGAAAAGGUCCCGAAAAUCCCCAUCUCCUGGGAGAAGAAGCCCAGAACCAUCAGUAAUCCAGAGUUCUUCCCAGGAUGAACCUACUGCAAAGAAGAAGAAGGAUGAAUUGGACCCUCUUCUUACUCGCACUGGUGGAGCAUAUAUUCCUCCUGCGAAGCUCAGAAUGAUGCAAGAACAGAUUACAGAUAAGAACAGUUUAGCAUACCAAAGGAUGAGCUGGGAGGCCCUAAAGAAGUCAAUCAAUGGUCUUAUCAAUAAAGUCAACAUUUCUAAUAUAAGUAUUAUUAUUCAAGAGCUUCUUCAGGAAAAUAUAGUUAGAGGAAGAGGACUCCUGUCCAGAUCUGUUUUGCAAGCCCAGAGUGCUUCUCCAAUCUUCACCCAUGUUUAUGCAGCAUUGGUGGCAAUAAUCAACUCAAAAUUUCCACAAAUUGGAGAAUUAAUCCUCAAGAGGUUAAUUCUUAAUUUUCGAAAAGGCUAUAGAAGAAAUGAUAAGCAACUUUGUCUGACUGCUUCAAAAUUCGUGGCACAUCUUAUUAACCAAAAUGUGGCACAUGAGGUUUUAUGCUUAGAGAUGCUCACUUUGCUCCUAGAAAGACCAACAGAUGAUAGUGUUGAAGUAGCCAUUGGUUUUCUCAAAGAAUGUGGCCUCAAAUUAACACAAGUGUCACCAAGAGGUAUCAAUGCUAUCUUUGAACGCCUUCGAAACAUUCUGCAUGAAUCUGAAAUUGAUAAAAGAGUUCAGUAUAUGAUUGAAGUGAUGUUUGCUGUACGGAAGGAUGGAUUCAAGGAUCACCCUAUUAUCCUGGAAGGACUUGACUUAGUUGAAGAAGAUGAUCAGUUCACCCAUAUGCUUCCUUUGGAGGAUGACUAUAAUCCAGAAGAUGUUCUUAAUGUUUUCAAGAUGGAUCCUAAUUUUAUGGAGAAUGAAGACAAGUACAAAGCUAUUAAGAAGGAAAUUCUUGAUGAAGGAGAUAGUGAUUCAAACACAGACCAAGAUGCUGAAAGUAGUGAAGAGGAGGAGGAAGAAGAGGAGGAAGGAGAAGAAGAUGAAGAAGGUCAGAAAGUGACUAUCCAUGACAAAACAGAAAUUAAUCUAGUCUCAUUUCGUCGUACAAUAUAUCUUGCUAUUCAGUCAAGUUUAGAUUUUGAAGAAUGUGCUCACAAACUGCUGAAAAUGGAGUUUCCUGAAAGUCAAACAAAAGAACUCUGCAAUAUGAUACUUGAUUGUUGUGCCCAACAAAGAACAUAUGAAAAAUUUUUUGGCUUACUAGCUGGGCGAUUUUGCAUGCUUAAAAAGGAAUACAUGGAAUCCUUUGAAAGCAUAUUCAAAGAGCAGUAUGAUACAAUCCAUCGCUUGGAAACAAACAAAUUGAGAAAUGUUGCUAAGAUGUUUGCUCACCUUUUGUACACUGAUUCACUUCCAUGGAGUGUUCUAGAAUGUAUAAAACUGAGUGAAGAAACUACUACAUCAUCUAGUAGAAUUUUUGUCAAAAUAUUUUUCCAGGAACUGUGUGAAUACAUGGGCCUUCCUAAACUUAAUGCAAGAUUAAAGGAUGAAACUCUACAACCAUUCUUUGAAGGAUUAUUACCACGAGAUAAUCCAAGAAAUACUCGGUUUGCCAUCAACUUUUUUACUUCUAUAGGUCUUGGAGGUUUAACGGAUGAACUUCGUGAGCAUCUUAAAAAUACACCAAAGGUUGUUGUGGCACAAAAACCAGAUGUUGAGCAAAAUAAAUCCUCCCUGACUUCUUCAUCUUCAGCAUCGUCCUCUUCUGAGUCUGACUCCUCUGACUCUGAUUCUGACAGCAGCGAGAGCAGUUCGGAGUCUUCUAGUGAGGAGAGUGACUCUUCAUCUACCAGUAGUCAGAGCUCUGCCUCAGCUAAAGAUGUAAGAAAGAAGGGACAAGGGAAGACUAGAAGUAAAGAAGUAGAUAAAUCAAUCAGGAACCAACAAACAAAUGAUAGGAGACAAGAAGAAAGAAGACCAGAACAAAAGCACCAGGAAACAAGGACUGAGAGAGAAAGAAGGUCAGAAAAACAAAGAAGUCAAAAUUCAAGAGAUCUGAAUUGGAGAGAUCCCAUAACAAAACACAUGUCAGACAGAAGUAUUCCUUCCGAUGGAAAUAAUUAUAGUAGAGUUGGGAAUAACCGAGAUGAGGACAUGUACAUUGAUUUGGAAAAUAGACGUGGUGAUCCAAAAAAGAAGAGAAGAGAGAGAAGAAAUUCUUUUUCUGAAAAUGAGAAACACAGACUCCAAAAUCAGGACAGUGAAAAUUUUAGAAGAAAAGAUAGAUCAAAGUCAAGGGAAAAGAAUAGAAAACAUUCGGGCUCUAAAAGUGAUGAGGAUAGGUAUCAGAAUGGUGCCGAGAGACGAUGGGAAAAAUCUGGGAGAUACUCUGAACAUUCCAGAGAAUCAAAGAAAAAUCAGGACCGGCGAAGAGAAAAAUCUCCAACGAGGCAAAAAUGAUUCUACAGAAUAACAUAAACUGAACAUGCCUUAUAUUCAGUUCAAACAAAGUAUUUUUUACAUUGAUUAACAAACUUUGUAGAGAACUCUUGUAUAAAGUACUGGUUUGUAUUUGUAAAUUUUAAAAAUGUUUUCAACAUGUUUUGUAAUUGAUAUAUUUCAAGGCCCUCCACAUAAAAUUAUUGGGAGAGAAAAGUCUCAACAGAAGGAGGAUGUUAAGUCUUACUUAUAUUUUGUGAAUAAAAUGAUCAAAUGCUUAUUGAA